AUGACUGACAGCUGGCACGUCAGCAAAUCCGUCUCCAUGACAACCGAGGAAACUCAAUGUGCUGCUGAUGAUGAUGAAAGCAGUGUGAAGUGGCUGAAAGCUGCAGUCGUGGAGAGGGAGUCGUUUCGUGUGUCACUGCGUAGAUCGCUGGACGUCAAGAGUCGCUCGUCUACGCUCGGCUCCUCCACGAAGCUCGAUCAGGCGUACCUGUACCUGAACGCAGCACAGCUAAGCAGAGCUACAGAUGCAGAACUGAGAGCCAAAUGGGAGCAAGCUCUGGGACCAAACUACCAAGUCCUGGUGGUGGAGUUGGAUCCUUUUAUUGAAGACGAUGCAGAGCUGCAGAAAUCCUCCAAGCUACUUCCUGUCCACACCGUGCGUCUCGGCGUGGAGCUGGACUCCUUCGACGGUCAUCACUACAUUUCCUCGGUGGUUCCUGGAGGACCGGUCGACAAACACGGAGCCUUGAGACCAGAGGACGAGCUGCUGGAGGUAAAUGAUGUUCAGCUGUACGGGAAGUCUCGGCGGGAAGUCGUGUCCUUCCUGAAGGAAGUGCCUCCUCCUUUCACUCUGGUCUGCUGCCGACUCCCGACCUCGGACCUGGAACCAGAACUGGAGUCUGAACCCGAAUCCGACCGCGAGUUAGGACCAGAACCAGGACCAGGACUGGGACCAGGACCCGUACUGGUGCUAGGACCGGGACCAGCAAGACAAGCAGAAACCAGCACAGAAGAGAUCGAGUUGAAACUGUCUUCUCUGCUCUGCGGUUCUUCCAGCACUGAGCAACAGCAGCAGCCGGUCAGACAGGAGGAGCUGUCCCCUGUAGAGGAGGUGCUGAAGGAGGAGCACAUCCAACUCAACCAGGAGGAGGAGGAAGAUGAGGAGGAAGAGGAAGAUGAAGGGGAGCUGGCGUUGUGGUCUCCGGAUGUUCAGGUGUUGGAGCUGCAGAAGGAGAGAGACAAAGGCCUGGGCUUCAGCAUCCUCGACUACCAG